UGUCGCUGCAUCGACGCCGCGCCUCUGCCCGCGACAUUCGCCCUGUCCGUAAUCGUGUCCGUGUCCGUCUCCGAAACCGUGUCCGUGCUCGUGUUCGUGUCCGUAGUCCGGACGCUCGUCCGGUUUCUCGUCCGUUCAAUGUGUACGCUCCGAAUUUAUCCAUAAGUGGGGACUUCCUAUAUUCCCUCCGGAUCUUGUGGCCGUUAGCAUUCUUAAGAGUCAAUUUAACGUCCAGCCACUGAGGAACAGUCACACGUGAUUAUGCUGCUAAUCAUAGGAUUUUCUUCCGUGAACAACCUCCGUUAAAAUCCUCUAAGAAAGAUCGCAAGUGGAGUGAACUCAUCGAAAAUCGUCCUCAAAGUUCGCGUUCUCCUGCGGGAAGGAUCGACGGAUUUGAACUUAAACCGGUGAUUCGACGAUCAAAUUGAAUUUCGACUUAGUAAUCUUGUGAACCGUCAUGAAAAUUGCGGAGUAAAAUAAAGUGAUGUGAUUGUGCUUACCUUCGUCUCGGAUCGAAUAUCACAUGUUUGCCGUCUCUAUUGGAAUAACUCCCGAUGAUAUUUCGUCAAAAGCGUCUACUGCUUUUAAUAAGCUGACUGGGAGAUCAGAACUGAGGUAUGAGCCUGUUCGAGGGCAGAUCGUCCGGUCACUCGACCAAUGCGGAUCUCGAUGAUGGCCGCUCAAGAUGACAAUUUUCCGGUGUCGCCACAGCAACGUUUCCGCUUCAAAGAUGCAAACGUCACCCAACACAAUCACUCCAGUCGAUAUCCG